AUGCACGCGCGCAAGUGUGCCGCCCCAACAGAGAUCGGUUCCACCUUCCAAGCCUGCCGCUUCGUGCUCGCCUUCCGCGUCGGCUCCGCGCGCCCUCCCGGCGCGACGGCGACGCGCCGGCCACACGGCGUGGCAGCGCCAUCAUCGUCCGCGGCGGCGACACCGCCGGCCGAGCUCCCGCUCCACUUCCGGUGCCCCCUCUGCGGCAAGGCGUUCGCGUCGUACCAGGCGCUCGGCGGCCACAAGGCGAGCCACCGCAAGACGCCAGCGGCAGCAGGUGGUGGCGCGUCGUACGGUGCCGCGGCGCCAUUGUUCCAUCAGAAGGAAGCAACUGCGGAGGCAUCAUCAGCGUCCGGGAGCGGCGGCGUCGGGCGGCACGUCUGCACGGUGUGCCGCAGGGGCUUCGAGACCGGGCAGGCGCUCGGCGGGCACAAGAGGUUCCACUACCUGCACGGGCCGUCGGUGUCGGCGUCGCUGCCCACCGCUGCAGGGUCGGGCGCGGUCGGUGGGUUUGACCUGAACCUGGUGCCCCUGGUGCCGGAGAUAGGAUCGGCCGGCGUGAGGCGGCGUGGCGAGGACGAUGAGGUGCAGAGCCCUUUGCCUUUGCCGCCCAAGAAGCCACGCCGGCCGUCGAAUUCUGCAUGA